AAUCUGUUGCUUGAUUCAAGCUGAGAUAUUUUAUGCGAUUUUUUAAAUUGGAAUUUUCAUCUUUUUCAGAUCUGCUUUUGCUUCGUUUACCUGACAGUUGGGCCAUCAGCGAUGUGUUAUCGGGGAUAUCGUAGAUAGGAUUAGACGCAGAACUCUCUGCUCUCAUCUCCUGUUCAAAAAGAAAAGCCUCCGUCAGAUUCAAAUACUCCCAAACGCACCAUCUCGGGAGUGGAAUUCGUCGAACCUGGUAGGCCUGGAAGCUGUACCAGGGAUUUGAUCUCAAAAAGGGAAUCUGUAGACAUGGUGACCAGUAGUUCUUUCAAUAUUAACAUCGGACCUGUGUACAAUGAACGGACGUUUCACUACAAUGCGUACAAGUCGUGGAAACCCAGAUCAGGAACGUCGCUUCACUUCAUAUCUCUUUCCGUGCUAGUCUUCAUCGUCUACAUAUGCUACGGCGUCCUUCAAGAGGCCUUGUUCACGCAGCCUCAGUUGAAACCCUUCGGAUGGCUCCUUACAUGGAUCCAGUUUGCUUUCUACGUCCUGUUCGGGGGCGCAGAGUUCGUAUCCAGAGGGGGGUUUGUGAGGAAGAUCCCAAUGAAGAUGUACUUCCUGUUGGCGUUUCUGACCGUGGCGACUAUGGGAUUGUCCAACACCAGUUUGAGAUAUCUCAACUACCCCACCCAGGUCAUCUUCAAGAGCUGCAAGCUCAUUCCAGUCAUGAUUGGAGGCAUCUUCAUGCAGAAAAAGACGUAUAAGUUUGUGGACUACUUCGCCAUGUUCCUACUAUGUAGUGGCCUCAUCUGGUUCUCACUAGCCGACAGCACUGUCCAGCCUAAUUUUGACAUCACUGGAAUAGUUGUCAUAUCCUGCGCUCUCGUUGCAGACGCCGUCAUAGGCAACGCGCAGGAACUCUUCAUGAAGAAAUACGGCGCCGUCAACACAGAAGUCGUAUUCUACUCAUACCUUAUCGGAACCGUUUAUAUUUUCCUCAUUGUUCUCUUUGAAGGAACUCUCUUGCAAGCAUUGCCGCUCAUGGAUUCUCAGACGUUAUUUAAAGCCUUCUUAUUUUCGUUGACUGGUUAUUUCGGUGUCAAUUUGGUCCUUGACUUAGUAGUAACAUACGGGGCACUUCUUGCAGUAACAGUUACGACUUGCAGAAAGGCUGUCAGUAUUAUAAUCUCGUUUCUCGUCUUUUCCAAGCCUUUUACAGUGCAAUACGUGUUUGCAGGAGUAGUCAUUUUCUUGGGUAUUUUCCUAAACGUCUAUUCGAAGAACUCGGAGCCAAUGAAACGAGCUGCUGGAAAAAUGAUGGCCGUUAUCUAUUCCAUUUUCGGAAUUUCUCAGAGCCGCAGAACAGCUGAAGAAAAGUUGGUGCAAAGUGUAUAAUAGGUUAAAUGUUGGUUGUGUGAAAGUUAAUUUUAUUUCGAAUUACCAACACGUAUACUGAUGAUGAUUUAAUUAGAAAACAUAGAAUUUAAAAUUAUGUAAAUUGGCUGUGCUUUUCAUCACUUUUAUUUUAUUUUUCGUGUACAUGUUUUCUAGGGUUAUUUCUAAAUUUUAUGAUUCAGAAUCUAUGUUUCGCAUUUGU